AUGGAACUAUGCAAAAACCAUGACUCGAAGAACCAUUUCUUGCUGGUGCUAGGGGACUUCUUUGACAAUCUGCUAGUCUACUAUAACAUAAACAAGAACGGCACCAUAGUGUCCCUUUUGUAUGAGGGACUCAAAGCAAUAGCAGAAAAACCAACCUUGAAAACUUGUCAUACCUUGAUAACCUCUAUCAUCGUAAAUCCUUUGUUUCAGUCUAUGAUCUGGUCUAGUCUAUUAUGUUUCAAAGAAUCGGAAUUAACAGGUACUAUCGAGAAAGCCGCUUCCAGAGUCACUCACAAAUACACUCUUGAGUUCAUCAAAUUUGUCUAUUCGACUUCAUCUCCAACCGUCCGAAAUAUGGUUUUUGUGAAAACCCGGCCUUGUUGUGAGAAAGGGGAGUCGUACUGGUUUUUGUCUAACAUCAGUCAGAUCUAUUCUCGGAAAGAGGAUAUCCUCUUGGUAGCUACGAAAAUGAAGCAGUGUUUUGAUAUCGCUUCAAGCUUUAAAAAGUCGAUCAAAAGAGGAACAUAUUUGAAUGAAGACUCAUUAUUUUACCAAGCACUGGUUGUAAGACUUAAUGCUUUCUACCUGUAUGAUGCAACAGAGAAUAAGCAAUUUUUGAGUUUAAUAAUCACAAUAGUUCUCGAUUUGGGCGGGUCUCCCUUGCAUUACGAGGAGUCGUCGUUGCUUCUUGCAUUAAAGAAUCUGAUAUUCACCUCGCAAUUGGUUUCCACGACUAAAAAGAAACUCUUUACAAUCGAUCCGGAAGGGCUUUGCUUUCCCUACGAAGAAAUACCAUCUCUGUUAUCGCUUCCAGAUCUGAAGCACUGGGUAUAUGAUCAGAGAAUGGGCUCCGUGAAACUGAAAAGCAUCGCUAAGAUGUUUCCAAUGAACCAAGAAUUGCUUCGCAAACUUCUUCUUGAACUCUACUGCUAUAAAAAAGUACUGGAGAUUGGAAAAUAG